UUUAUUAAAACGAGUGUGAUUGAUUGUUUUCUUUUUCUAGCGAACGGUUCUGAAGAUUUCGCCCUUCUCCCUGAUGGACUGGUCUUUGUUUCUUCCGUAAGUGCCUGUUGUUUAUUGUUGGGACUGUAUUUAUGCAUGCCUUAAGUCUUUGGAGGAGGGUCCGAAAGGCAUUUCUUCAGAAAACAGCUGGGAAAACAAACUGUACUAUUCUCAGUUGUGCCUUAUUUUUCCUGGACAGUAACUUUAAAUUAAGCUCUCCUGCAAAAAGAUUGCAAAAUGAGGAUGGGUAGGAUACACCCCAAACGUGAGGAAGGCCGAUAAGGUCGUGGUUAGGACUAGGGUUAGGGUUAGGAUAGGAAAUCUUAAAACAAAUCCAUCACGUUCAGACCACAGUUUUUCAAGAAAAUUAGUGACCGUACCCUUUGCAUCUUUUGUUUAAAAAUGCAGAGUUCUUUCAAGUACUCUUUGUAAUGUUUCUCUGUGUUUAGGCUGUACCUUGGCUGCAUGCCCUCUGGGUUCUGUUUACAAAGGUGGUUUGCAAUAAAUAACUUUAAGAUCAGGUGAUGGAAUUGGCCAACAUAACAAUUCAACUAGUCUUUGAUAAAACAGAGUUCUGUGAAACUGCCUUUGAAGAAUUAGCUGGUCUGUUGAUAGGCGACCUUCUAUUGCCUAUAGAAAUCAUGCAUUGCCCGCGCAACCUACAGAUUAGUAGAUAACUGAUAGCAAUUAUCUGCGCUGAUUUCCGAAAUAAAUGUAGUCUCAGCCAAUGAGAAGACACAUUGUGAAGUAAUGUGUCAGGUUUAACUGGCACCAAAGAUGUGCACACUAUUAGUAAUGCAAAAAAAAUGGAAAGCCUGCGUUGCAGUAAUAAAGAUGGCGAGUUUCAAGCUUAGAGAUAUCAAUCGUGUCAAUCGUGUUACCAUUAGUAAUAACACUGGUGAUGAUUAAAUAUGAAUGAUUAUUAUGAUGACGUUGUUGAUGAUAGCGAUGUAUGAUGAUGAUGAUGAUCAUAAAUUUUAAAUGUCCUAAAGAGUUUUGCUUCUUUUUUCUUCUUUAAUUUACCAACAGGGACUCCGCUAUAAACUGGCACUCUAUUACGACCCCGAGAUUGACAAACGAGACUCUAAGCUGUUAACAUUUGACCUCAACAAACCUGACCAGGAUCCAGUUGAAUUAACACUGAAGAACUUCAACGUCACGGGAUUUAACCCUCACGGGAUUAGCGCGUAUCAAGACCCAUCCUCGGGUCAGGUAUCCUUGUUUGUUGUGAAUCACCGACCAGAUGCACAAGCCAUUGAAAUAUUUGACUUUGAGCGGGAAAAACAUUCAUUAAUACAUCGCCGUUCUGUGGUGGAUGAUUUGAUCUGGAGUCCAAAUGAUGUAUAUGCAGUAGGUAGGUGACUAGUUAAUUAAGGUGGCUCGAUCCUGUUUUUCAGUGAUAACACCUACUCUCCUUGAACACGAAAAGCAAAGAUGUCUCAAAAAAAGUAGAAAAUCGAAUUGUGCUCGUUACAUUUGUAGGGCGAUCAUUUCAAGUGGCGAUUAUAACUCCUGGCCUUGGGGGAAUGUAAAAAAUUGAAAAGAGUUGAAUGCCCAUUUCACAUUCCAGCACUUUGGAUUAAGAUAUAAGGGAUUUUUACCUUUAUUGGAUAAAAUGUGGCCUGCAAAUACAGCCUCCUCUCAUCGCUCCUCGCCACUCUGCUUGGACGUUUCGUUUCCUUUCAAGCCUGUUUCCCUGAAAAGCCUGGGGGCGAAGAGUGAUGAGAAGUGCCUUUGUUCGCAGGUUAGGAACUGAGAGGUAUUGGAGAUCUUUUUAAGAACUCAAUAGUGGUAAAAAGAGGUCCGGUCAGCAAUUAGCUUUAGAAUUAGCUCGAGAAAAGGUGCAAGCAAAACAAAACAAAACAACAACGACAACAACAUCAUAGCGAUUUCAGACAAAUAAAGCGCUAUGCAACUCCAAAAAACAAAAAAAAAAAAAAAAAAUACGGCCGGUGUUCUUUUAAAGCCUCGUUGCACAUUGAAGCGUCCAACUGAAACUGUAAUGGCGUCGCGAAAGAAGUAUCUUAGCGUUGAACACGUCCAAAAUAACAGGCAAAUCAAUCGAUAAAAUGGCAGCUCUUCACAGGCGUGGAUACACGACGUUUCCAGCGUGCUUAUGUAUAACGUUUACGUUAGACUGUUGCAGUUAGCAAUAUGCGACGUCUAACGCUGAGCCGGUGCAGUCAUGUGGCCAAUACAGUGAAAAAAAAGUAGUCCAUAUAACCGGCUAUCUAUCAGAUGUUUGAUUAACAAUAUCUUGGAAAAACUAAAAAAAAACAAAAAAAAAAAAACGCAUGAGACGAUUAACUUUCUUCUUUCCAAUAUAUACCCUUUGCAGGUCCUGAUAGCUUUUACGUCACCAACGAUAACUUCUUUCAUUUUCACCGCACUGUGAUGAGAAACUUGUGGCUUUUUUUUCUGAAUUACUGGCUGCAUUGUAACAUUGUGUUUUUUGAUGGAUUCAAGGCUAUUGAAGCGUUUAUAGGAGUUCAUCCUAAUGGUAUUGCUAUGGAUAAAGACGAAAGGUUAGUUGGUGUGUCUACAAGGCGCGUUGCUUAGCAAACAAAAGGCGUUGCAUGCGCCCGCCUUUUAUGAAAUUGAUCCCUAACGGAACGGUCACCUUUUUUCUCAAAAAAAAAAGAAGUUAAACUGAUGCCAAAUUAAUGGAGAGGUGGACACAACAAGGUUUUCCCGCUUUUCAAACUUAUACGAAUUGAGCUCAUAUAUAAUUUUAGCUAGUUUUGUGUUACUCACGCGAGAUGAUACGACAAGGCGGGAGUAAAUACCCAGCGAAGGUGCGUUUCGCUGCUCGCGUGUCUCACUGACUCCCUUACCACUCUCGCUCCCAACAACGAGACUUAGCAAGUAUCUUUCAUUCAAACAGACAACGUAAACCCAGUCCAGCGAUUUGAACGUAGACAACCAUAAAAAAGAACUGAAAUUUAUCUUCAGCGAUCUUUUUUUCUCAUGGAUCGCUAUGACAUCUAGCUGCAAACAUUGUUAAGGUGUUUUCACUCAGUCCAUGCGAUCGUCAAACUUGUUUCAGCAGCGAUCUAAGCUGGUCUAAGCUUACGCUGUCAUGCGCAAACCACUACUUGAAAGCAGUCCAACUCAGAGAUCAGCUGAAUCGGGCAAUUAAGCCGUUCCCAGCCAUGUUUUUUCUCCCUUGUAGGUUUGCGUUUACUCCCGACUACAUUUCUCUUAGUGUUGCAAUUUACAGACGUCGUCAAGACAACACAUUAGAAAAGUGUCAGGUUAGUUUGCGUGUGUUAGAGUAAUUCCUUGAUAUUGCCCUUACGAGAGUGAAGGGGGAUGGGAAGGGAGAUUUUUAGACUCCCUUUAUGACUCCCUGGUACCCUUGCUCAUUCUAGAGGGGGGGACAGGGAGAUCCAAAUCUUCCGUCCCUUGUACCUAGCAUUUCCUGCUCCCACCCCUUUUGUCUUGUCCUCCUCACUUAAGCCCUUUUUCGAUUGCGAAAUAUUAAGCACUCCCCCCCACUUACCCCUCAAAUUUCUCCCCCUUCCCUUCCUUUUAAAACUUCCACUAUCCCGCCCUUUCGUCACCUCCCCCACCCCUUUUUCUCCCGAACUACCCCUCCUCUGUUUCCCCCAACAUCGUACCUUACGUCACUGCGUAAUACCUGAAUACUGUUGUUUUCUUCAACCAUAGUUUAUUCACCUCUUCAAAAAUCCUUCACUUAAAUAUGUUAUACGUUGAAACAGUUUCUUCAAUAACGUUCGACGUCUUUUUAUGUUCUGCUGUUCCGACUAAUAUUGGUAAUCAUUUUAUUAAAGCUAAUGAAAAGCAUGAACACGUGACCAGGUUCUCUUCAUCCGGCAGUUUUUAUGUUAACACAACGAGAUUGAAUCAAAACUAAGGUUCUUUUGCUAAGUUCGGGGCUAAGCUUUGGAACUCCGUUCGCAAUGAACUCCGUCAACUCCCCAAGAGAGCUUUUAAAAAUACGUAAUAACAACUUGUUGUUAUGGUGAAGCGUCCAUUCUGCUUCAGAAAAUUGCGAUGAAUCGUUUAUUUUGGUUGUUUUUGUAGUUAUAUAUGCCAGUAACUGUUACAAGUGGUUGAUUUUGUAAAUGUCUUUUUAUUCACGUUUGAGCUUUAUUAUUUAUUUAUUUAUUUAUUUUCAUUUAUCACUGACUGGCCUCCACUAGCACCUGCUAUUUGAGGGCGGAAAUGAAUUCUAUGUAUGUUACUUGUUAAUAAAGUGUGUAAAGUGUGAUAGAGUGCAAUAGUUGCGAGCCCGUCAGCGUUCUCGGCUUUGUUAUUUGUUUUUGUUAGCUUCUGAGCUUAAUGUGCUUAACGUUUAAUAGCAUUCCUAUGUUUUUGAACUUACUGAUCAACAGAAACGUCACAUUAAUUUAUUCCGCCACAAACGAUCGAUUGAGCACGGUCAAAGAACUUUCCACAUAAACUACACUUAGCACUGUUUUUUUACCUUUAUGUUUGCCGACUUUCAUAACCAGUCCGGCUUUUACCAACUUUACUUCAACAGACGAUUCCAGUGGGAACAUUUAUAGAUAACAUCAACCUUGACCCUGUGACUGGAAAUCUGUGGCUUGCGGGAUCGCCUCGGGUUACUGACUUCGCGGAACACUCUAAGAACCUUAGUCUUCCCAGUCCUUCUCAAGUAUUAACUUUGCAGCUUGGAAAGCCAUCUUCAUCCGGGGAAGCUUUUCCUGAUUACGAGCUUCGCGAAGUGUACAUGAAUGACGGGAAGGAAGUGUCGGGCUCCUCGACAGCAAUUUUUUAUAAAGAUCGUUUGCUGAUUGGCUCUGUAUUUAGCAAUAUGGUGUUCUGUGAAGUGAAGUUUUAUUAG